GAUUCCAUUAUAGUAGAAAUCUUCAUUCACUCAAUCCCAACAAAAUGGAAUCCCAAGAGUCACAACUUCACUUUGUAUUAUUUCCACUUAUGUCCCCAGGACACAUGCUUCCUAUGAUAGACAUAGCAACAACAUUAAAACAACAAAACAACAUCAUAGUCACCAUUGUCACUACUCCACACAAUGCUUCUCGUUUCUCACAAAUUCAUCACAAAAUUCGAGUACUUCAACUUCCAUUCCCAUCUCAAGAUGCAGGCUUUCCACAAGGGUGUGAGAAUUUCGACAUGCUUCCAUCAAUGUCAAUGGGCUAUUCGUUCUUCGCCGCAGCAAAUAACCUUCUUCAAGAACAAGCUGAACAAGCUUUUGAAAAGCUAACACCAAAGCCAAAUUGCAUAAUCUCUGAUGUUGGUUUUCCUUACACUUCUCAAAUUGCUAACAAAUUUGGAAUUCCAAGAAUUUCUUUUUAUGGUGUUAGUUGCUUUUGUCUUGUUUGGCAACAAAAAGUGAUUAUCUCUAAUGUUAUGGAGAAGAUAGCAACAGAUUCUGAGUAUUUUCUCAUACCUGAUAUCCCUCACGAAAUUCAGAUCACAAAAGCACAACCCCCGUCGUCAUCGGACGAUGGAAAUUGGAAGGAGUUUGUUGAUAAAAUGGCUGCAGCUGAAAUGGUUUCUUAUGGUGUUAUUGUGAAUUCUUUUGAGGAAUUGGAACCUGAAUAUGUAAGUGAUUUGAAGAAAACUAGGAAUGGUAAAGUUUGGUGUAUUGGUCCUGUUUCACUUAGAAACAAGAAUCAGGCUCAAAGAGGGAAAACCAAUAAAGUAGCUUCUUCAAAUGAUGUUGAAAAUUGCAUAAGGUGGCUUGAUUCGCAAGAAUUGAAUUCCGUAAUCUAUGUAUGCUUAGGAAGUAUAUGUAAUUUAACUUCUUUGCAGUUCAUAGAGAUUGGUAUGGCAUUAGAGGCAUGUGAAAGGCCAUUCAUUUGGGUUAUUAGGGAAAGAAAUCAAACGGAAGAGUUGAAUAAUUGGAUCAAGGAAUCGAGUUUCGAGGAAAGGACUAAGGAGAAAGGUUUUUUGAUAAAGGGUUGGGCUCCUCAAGUGUUGAUAUUGUCACAUCGUGCGAUUGGAGGAUUCUUGACGCAUUGUGGUUGGAAUUCGACGUUGGAAGCAAUAUGUGCUGGUGUGCCAAUGAUUACGUGGCCGUUAUUUGGCGAUCAGUUUUUCAAUGAGAGGUUUGUUGUGGAAGUGUUGAGAGUCGGCGUGAUGGUUGGAGUGGAGAGUCCUGUGAAUUGGGGAGAGGAAGAGAAUGUUGGCGUGUUGGUGAAGAAAGAAGAUGUUGAGAGGGCUAUCGAGAAAUUGAUGGACGAUGCGAGUUAUGAGAGUGAAGAGAGAAGAAAAAGGGCUAAAGAGGUUGCAGAGAUGGCUAAGAGAUGUGUAGAAGAAGGAGGAUCUUCUCAGUUGAAUGUUACUUUAUUAAUUCAAGAUAUCCUUCAACUCUCGGCAAAGUAGACUGAUUUUGUUUGAAGCUUUUUUAUAAUUACUACUUUUUAUGUUCUCUUGAUUUUUCAAUAUUGAAGAUUGAAUUGCUCAUUUCACUCCAGUGUUAUGAUUUUCUUUGAUCUGAAGAGUCAAAUGCAUGACUAGACUAUUUAUUGAGUUAUCCUCACAAUUGAAAAAAUGGAGAAUGACUCAGAUAGUCAAAACAUAACUCUAAUAAAAAUUUAAGCAGUUGAUAAUUAUAACCUAAUUUUGGUUCUGGUUAUGAGUACUUUUGGUUCAAGAGGAGUUGAAAGUUCAAUUUAGAUAGGCUCUUAUCAUUUUAUCCACUUGAACAACCCUCCCUAAAUGAGUAUUAAGCCUGGAAAGUUUAUUCUUUCAAAACCUCUUCUCCAUUGCCUUAUAGAAGAAACUAGUGUUGGAGUCCACCUCUUUUAUCACCUAUCAUUUUGGGAAUUUAACAUACCACCACUAAAAUUAUUUUUGACACCUCCCGCAUUUUUGUAUCGACAAAAAUGCCCUGAUUAUUAUUUAUCUAAAAAAAUAAUUACAUUUUUUAAAAAUAAUUCACUUUGGAGAAGCAAUAAA